AUGGGCUUUGGUUCUGUCAAGGAGUUCAAUUUCAAAUUCUUAUUUCUCAUAUUUGCCAUGGAGGAUAACAAGAAUAGAAAUGACCAAUUAAUUCAAGAUUUUGAAAGGAAGUUGAAAGUUCAACAGCAAAACAUUACACAGCGAAAUCCUUAUAUUGGCAAUGAACAAAGAUUUAAAUUGAUUAGCCCGAUGUUUGAUAUGGUUAUGAACCAAGUGAGUGUCAUAAGCAGUUGUUUUACCGUCCAUGCUCGUAUUGCCUUUACGGAAAAAGAAAAGAGGGAGUUAUCUAAAGAAAUUACGGAAAUUCCUCAACAACUCUCCGAGAUUCUCUUUGAGAGUGCAAAAAUUCGAAGAAAUUUGAUAGACAUCAUUGGUGCCAUGGAAAGACUUUCCAAUGGAAUCGCGAGAUUCAUGAAAAUCGCCAAUAAUCCGAAACUUCAGGAUAAACCGCUUACCAAGUAUCUCCAUUUCGUAGAAAAACCUAUAGAAAGUUUGAAUGUCCUUUUAAAUAAGAAAUGUGAACUUGACACUGAGAAAGUUGAAAAUCUCAAAAAUAAUCUCGAUGAUUUUAUGAAGAUUUCAGGUUCCCAAGCUAUUCCAGGUUGGGUCGAAGAACAGGCUCAGUGUAAGAAAGAACUAGAAGCUCUUGAAAAAGAAAGGCAAGAAAAGCUCAUAGAGGUUAUUGCAGAAUUCGAUGAAGUUGCCAGAAUUAUUGGCGAAAUAGAAUUUUAUAAAACGAAAUCGGAUGAUCAUCAUGAGCGCCUGAAGAAAGAUCUUCUAAAGGAAAAGGAAAUGCUCCAAAAAAGCCGGGAUUAUCUUGAAAGCCAAGCUCUUUCAGUUGCAACCAGCACAAGUAUUGUUCGCUUCAUCAUAAGGAAUAAAGAUCUUGAAGUAUUGCGGAAGCAAAAAAUGCUUAUCAAAGAAGAAUUAUCCGAAAUUGCAAGUCAAGAAAAUAAAGAAAUUUUAGAUGAAGCGGAAUGCAAGAAAGAGCUCGCAUCUCUAUGGAAAAAGUUGGAGGCAGCCAAAGAUAAAGUCGAACAGGCAAGAGCUAAAAAGAACGAACAGCUCGAAAUCAUCGACGAGAAAAUCAAAAAAAAGAGAGAAGAGGUAAAAGAAUUUGAAAAUAAAAUUCUCAAUAUGUUGAAAGAUUAUGGCAAUCCGUCAAUUAGCGCGACUUGUUUAAUGUUAGAAUCUAUAGCCAGUUUGACCAAACAACAGACGCAAGGCACUGGAAUCUUUGAUUUAUAUCGUAAGGAUGUAAAAAAUUUCCUUGUAGACAUCGAAAAUGAAAUCAUUACAAUUAAAAAUGUAGAAGGUGAUCGUGAUUUGUUAGAAGAUGAAUGGGUAAGGCCGUUUGAAACAACCGAAGCUGAAAGUUCUAAUAUUACACAACCUCCUGUAGUCACUAUGGAAGUUGACCAAAUAUCUGAAACUACACCCCUACCUCUUGAUAAAGGAAAAGCUAAAACAACUAAUACA